AUGGCAGAUUUUUCUCAACCUUUUUUCUCUUUCAUUUUAUUCUCUUUUUUUCUUACCUCUAUUCUUUUGCCUUCUCUCUCUCUCCCCUCUAUUUUUUUCUUUUCUCUCUCCCCUCUGUUCGUUUGCCUUUUCUCUCUCCCCUCUGUUCGUUUGCCUUUUCUCUCUCCCCUCUGUUCGUUUGCCUUUUCUCUCUCCCCUCUGUUCGUUUGCCUUUUCUCUCUCCCCUCUGUUCGUUUGCCUUAUUUCUCUCUCUCCCCUCUGUUCGUUGGCCUUUUAUUCUCCCCUCUCUUUGCUCUUUUCUCUCUCCCCCUCUGUUGGCCUUUUUCUCUCUUCUUUGGCCUUUUUCUCUCUCUCUCUAUUCGUUGGCCUUAUUUCUCUCUCUCUCUCUAUUCGUUGGCCUUUUUUCUCUCUCUCUCUAUUCGUUGGCCUUUUUUCUCUCUCUCUCUAUUCGUUGGCCUUUUUCUCUCUCUCUCUAUUAGGUUGGCCUUUUUUCUCUCUCUCUCUAUUCGUUGGCCUUUUUUCUCUCUCUCUCUAUUCGUUGGCCUUUUUUCUCUCUCUCUCUAUUCGUUGGCCUUUUUUUCUCUCUCUCUAUUCGUUUUUCUCUCUCUCUAUUUUUUUUUUCUCUCUCUCUAUUCGUUGGCCUUUUCUCUCUCUAUUCGUUGGCCUUGUCUCUCUCUCUAUUCGUUGGCCUUGUCUCUCUCUCUAUUCGUUGGCCUUGUCUCUCUCUCUCUGGUGCUUGUCUCUCUCUCUAUUCGUGGCCUUGUCUCUCUCUCUCUUGGCCUUGUCUCUCUCUCUCUAUUCGUUGGCCUUGUCUCUCUCUCUUGGCCCUUGUCUCUCUCUCUCUCUAUUCGUUGGCCUUGUCUCUCUCUCUCUCUCUAUUCUAUUUGUCUCUCUUCUCUUCGUUUGCCUUGUCUCUCUCUAUUCGUUUGCCUUGUCUCUCUCUCUCCCUCUCCAUUCGUUUGCCUUGUCUCUCUCUCUCUCCCUAUUCGUUUUUGCCUUGUCUCUCUCUCCCUCUAUUCGUUUGCCUUGUCUCUCUCUCCCCUCUUCGUUUGCCUUGUCUCUCUCUCUCCCCCUCUUCGUUUGCCUUGUCUCUCUCUCCCCCUCUAUUCGUUUGCCUUGUCUCUCUGCCCCCUCUAUUCGUUUUGCCUUGUCUCUCUCUCUCCCCUAUUCGUUGGCCUUGUCUCUCUCUCUCCCCUCUAUUCGUUUGCCUUGUCUCUCUCUCUCCCCUCUAUUCGUUUGCCUUGUCUCUCUCUCCCUCUAUUCGUUUGCCUUGUCUCUCUCGCCCCUCUAUUCGUUUGCCUUGUCUCUCUCGCCCCUCUAUUCGUUUGCUUUCUCUCUCUCUCCCCUCUAUUCGCCUUGUCUCUCUCCCCUCUAUUCGUUUGCCUUGUCUCUCUCCCCUCUAUUCGUUGCCUUGUCUCUCUCUCUCCCCUCUAUUCGUUUACCUUGUCUCUCUCUUGUCCCUCUAUUCGUUUGCCUUGUCUCUCUCUCCCCUCUUUCGUUCCCUUGUCUCUCUCUCUCUUUCCUUCCCCCCUCUCUCUCCUCUUCUCUCUCUCCUCUCCCCUCUCUUUGCUGUCCCCCCUCUUUCUUCUCUCUCUUCUCCCGUCUUUCUCUCCCAAAUUUCUUUUUCUCCCCCUCUUCCUCUUUCUCUCUCUCUCUUCUCUCUUCUCUUCUUCUCUCUCUCUUUCCCUCUUUCUUCUCUCUCUCUCUCUUUCUUCUCUCUCUCUCUUCCCUCUCUUUCUUCUCUCUCUCUUCCCUCUCUUUCUCUCCCCUCUCUUUCUUCUUCUCUCCCCUCUCUUUCUUCUUCUCUCCCCUCUCUUUCUUCUUCUCUCCCCUCUCUUUCUUCUUCUCUCUCCCCUCUCUUUCUUCCCCUCUCUCUUCUUCUCCCCUCUUUCUUCUUCUCUCCCUCUCUUUCUCUCUCCCUCUUUCUUCUCUUCUCUCUCUCUCUCUCUCCCUCUUCUCUUUCCUCCCUUGUAUUUGUUUGCCCUAUCUUUCUCCUAUUCAUUACCCUGUUCUCUCUCUGCUUCUAAUCAUUUAACUUUUAUCUCUCCCCUCUAUUUCCCAUCUCCCUCUCCUCUGAAUUUGUUCACCUUUUUUCUCUUGAACCAGGUCUGCAGAGAGUACGGGCAAGGCAGAACCGGGUCUGCGGAGAGUACGGGCGAGGCAGAACCGGGUCUGCGGAGAGUACGGGCGAGGCAGAACCGGGUCUGCGGAGAGUACGGGCGAGGCCUAACCCGGUUCAUGGAGAGUACGGGCGAGCCUAACCGGGUUCAGAACCGGAGAGUACGGGCGAGGCCUAACCGGGUUAAUUUUUUGCACUUCUUUGAUUUUCUCUUCCCAUCAUCCCCUUGGUCUGUUUUUCUCUCUCUUUCACUCCCUCUCAUUUUCUCUCUCUACUCCUUCCCUGUGAUUUUUCUCUAUUUUCCUCUCUUUGAUUUUUCUCUCUCUAUUUCCCUGUCUCUCUUUGAUUUUUCUCUCUUUUCCCUGUCUCUUUUGAUUUUUCUCUCUAUUUCCCUGUCUCUCUUUUUUUUUCUCUCUCUAUUUCCCUGUCUCUUUUGA